GGUUUACAUGGGUUUAGUGCUAACUCACCCUUGCCCUUUCUAUUCUGAUAUGGGCUCUUUCCUACCUUGUUCUUUCCCUGUUCCCCCGUGUCCCACUAAUGUUAUUUUCCUCAGAUAGACUUCUUCAGGCAGUUCUUAAGCUGUAAGGGAUGGCUGGGUUGUUUUUUGUUUGUUGGUUUGGUUGGUUUUUUUUUUUUUUUGUCUGCUGUGGCUUCCUACUGACCCUACAUAAUCUAAUAUUCUUUUGAUAUCAGGAAUUAUCUUUUGGAACUUCUGCCCAGAAGUUCUGUCAUUUCUAUCCUACCACUACACAAUAUUUCUUUCCUGUGCCAGUGCUAGACUGGCUCUGAUUUAGGUGCAGUCUUUUAGGUACAACUUCUACAACUUUGCGUAGAAGUUUGUUCCCUUGAGCCACGGGUCUCUGUGACUUUAAAGUCUCAUUUUUUUAAUACCAGUUUUAAGUCAGUACAGCUGGAUGCCUGCAGCUCACCACAUCCCAGCUCAUAAUGUGUGUGAAACUAGAAGCAUUGCAAAGGAAGCUGAUGUAGGUGCCUGGGUUGCCUUUCUAGCAAUGAAGUUUAGCUUCCCGCUCUUCUCUCCUGUACUUCCCUUUGUCGUUAGUUUCUGUCUUGGCCACGAGAUUUUUGUCUUGGUCGUUGCUAGUAGCCUAUUCAGGUUUGCUUUUUUUUUUUCAGGAUUUCCCAGUCUGGUGGUGCACAGGGAAAUCUGCAGCUGCUGCUACUUGAAAUGAGACAGUCUCUUGCUGUUCCUGCUGCCCGCACCACCCACACAGGGUAGCUGAGAUGGCCCUAGGGAAAAGUCAGGCUCCUUUUGCCAGCUGGAUUGCCCUCUUUGGCCACUGCCCAGCUCCCAUUUUUUUAGGAGACCUGCAGAUCUUGAAACCAGUGCUGCGGAAGAGGGAAGCCGUGGGCUGUAAUUGGAAAUGGUGGUUUCACCGUGACCUGAGUGGGCUGGAAGCUGAAGCCUUACUGAAGGGACGAGGUGUCCAUGGGAGCUUUCUGGCCAGACCCAGUCGGAAGAAUCAGGGGGAUUUUUCUCUUUCAGUCCGUUGCCUCACUGGACUGCUCUGUGCAUCAUCCCACAGGGUUGGUGAUCAGGUAACACACAUCCGCAUCCAGAAUACCGGAGAUUUCUACGACCUGUACGGAGGGGAGAAGUUUGCCACCUUGUCAGAACUGGUGGAGUACUACACACAGCAACAGGGCUCGCUGCAGGACAAGGAUGGAACCAUCAUCGACUUGCGAUACCCGCUCAACUGUUCCGACCCCACUACGGAGAGGUGGUACCAUGGGCAUCUGUCUGGCUCUGCAGCUGAGUCGCUUCUCCAGGCCAAAGCUACCCCUUGGACCUUCUUGGUGCGGGAGAGCCUCAGCAAACCUGGGGAUUUUGUCUUGUCCGUCCUCACCGAUCAGCUCAAACCUGGGUCCGAUGCUCCACCAGCUGGGGCAACAAGUGCCACUGGAGCCCGGCUCAAAGUCACACACAUCAAGAUCAUGUGUGAGAAUGGACGCUACACAGUUGGAGGUGCCGAAAUGUUUGACAGCUUGGCAGACCUGGUGGAGCACUUCAAGAAGACUGGAAUUGAGGAGGUGUCUGGUUCCUUUGUGUACCUGAAGCAGCCCUAUUACGCUACAAGGGUGAACGCUGCUGACAUUGAGAAUAGAGUGCAGGAACUGAACAAGAAGAGUCUAUCUGAGGAGACAUCCAAGGCUGGAUUCUGGGAGGAAUUUGAUAGUCUGCAAAAGCAAGAAGCCAAGCAGCUGUUUGACCGUCAGGAGGGUCAGAGACCCGAAAACAAGAGCAAGAACCGAUACAAGAACAUCUUGCCCUUUGAUCACUCCAGAGUUAUCCUCCAAGGAAGGGACCCAAAUAUACCUGGAUCUGACUAUAUCAAUGCCAACUAUGUCAAGAACAACCUGAUCAGCCCAGAUGAGCGCACCAAGACCUACAUUGCUAGCCAGGGUUGCCUGGAUGCCACAGUCAAUGACUUCUGGCAGAUGGUGUGGCAGGAGAACACACGCAUCAUUGUGAUGACUACACGGGAGGUAGAAAAAGGGCGGAACAAAUGUGUGCCUUACUGGCCGGAGGUGGGCAGCAUGAAGGAAUACGGUCCCUACCUUGUGGAGAACGCUGGGGAGCACGAUGCACUGGAGUACAAACUCCGGCACCUCUGCGUGUCUCCGAUGAAUAACGGUAAGGCUGUGCGUGAGAUCUGGCACUACCAAUACCUGAGCUGGCCUGACCAUGGUGUACCCAGCGAGCCAGGAGGAGUUCUCAGCUUCCUUGACCAAAUAAACCAGAAGCAAGAGAGCAUCCCAGAUGCAGGGCCUGUUCUGGUGCAUUGCAGUGCUGGGAUUGGCCGCACUGGGACUAUCAUCGUCAUUGAUAUGAUAGUGGAAACAAUCUCCACCAAGGGGCUGGACUGUGACAUUGACAUCCAGAAGACCAUCCAGAUGGUGAGGGCCCAACGCUCAGGGAUGGUGCAGACAGAAGCCCAGUACAAGUUCAUCUACAUGGCCAUCUGCCAGUUCAUAGAGACGACCAAGAAAAAGCUGGAAGUUAUCCAGUCUCAGAAAGGCAAACCGAAUGAGUCUGAGUAUGGGAACAUUGCCUACCCCCCUGCAGUGAGGAAUGUGCACACCAAGGCUUCGCGAAAAUCCUCCAAGCAGAAAGAGGAGUCAAUGGUUUAUGAGAACCUGGGGAAAAAGGAUGAGAAGGUGCGGAAACAGCGCUCCUCAGAGAAGAAACUGAAAGGCUCACUAAAGAAAAAAUAAGCAUACGUUGCAGGUAGCUCUGUGGAGGUUUUGAAUCUGGGGUGCGGGAGUGGAGCUCACGUCCAGGCUGCCUGUAUUGCAUUCCUCAUUCUUGGACUGGAACAAAACCUUCCCCUUUUCUUCAGCACCACCUUUCAAUGUCCUGAACCCGACUCCUUUCCAGCUCAGCUGACCGACUUCAUUGUCCCUUGCCUGUGCAGGUCAGUGAAGGCUCCUGCUGCCCCUUCAUCAUUCAUUAACAGGAAAAAAAUCACUCCCCUUCCUUCCCUUCCUCUUUAAGCACUGGGGCCCAAACUCACCGCUGCUGGGUCAGCUUGAGAGUCUUUUUUCCCGAGGAAAAGCGAAGGAAGCUCUUUACAGGAGCUGCAGCUCUGCCCACUGCUGUGAGGUAGAGUUUAGCCUGGUAGUGUUCCCCGAAGCCUCAGCUUUUAAAGUAUGGAGGUUUCAGCCUGUUUCAUCUCAGCUACUCUGCAAUUCAACAGGAAAUUUCAUCUUUCCUUAAUACUAACCCUCUGCUCUAUGAUCCGUUGUCUAUUUGAUCCUUCGGUUAAAUGCUGUAAAUAUACCAGAAUUUGAUGAGAUGGCCACGUUUUCUCCUCUGUUUGUAAAUAAACUUGUAUUUGUUUGAA